AUGGCUGAAGAUCCCGACCACUCGGCCAGCCACUGGCUGCAACGUCUGCCAGAAGAGCAGCCCGAGGCUUUCAAGGUGCCUGUGACCCACGUGCAAAGCAGCCAGCUGGUUCAGCUCGUCCUUGAUCCGGAGGUGGCAAAGACCAUAACGAUGGCGAAAGCCUGCAGAGUAUUUUCGACGUACGGUGCUGUUGCUUCAAUAAACCUGAGCGACUGCUCCCGACACGGACUGGUUGAAGUGUCAUACUUCGAGACGAGCUCUGCUGAAGCUUUGGUCGCAGAUGCUGGGAAAGGGCUGGCAGCAGAAGCUGAAAGCCAGGAUGAGUCCCUGACCGGCGCAACGCAGGCAAUAUCCAGCGGUUACAGCGUUUCACAAACCGGUGCGCCGACGCUCUACCCUGAAGAUGCUUCAGGACUCUCAGGCAGUUCGGAUACGGGGAGAAGUCAAGUUCAAGCUUAUGGCGCGUCAUUUACCGAGUUACAAGUUGCGGCCUUGGUCGACAAGUUAACAGAGAGCCAGAAUAGGCAGGUGCAGGGUGUCGACAUUCCGGCUGCACAUGCUGUGCCGCUCCCUUUUCCGGAGUCGAAGGACACUUCUGCUCUGCUCUCCAUCAACGUGGAUAAGCUGGAGAGCGGCGAGGACACGCGGACGACAGUCAUGGUUGCCAGGAUACCAAAAACAUGCACUUCAGAGCGGUUCCUGACCCGUUUGCGCGACCUGGAUUUGCUCAACAAGUUGAGGUUUUUCUACAUGCCCAUCGAUGUUUCACGAAAUCGUCCCUGUGGCUAUGUCUUUAUGGACUUCCAGGAGCCAGCAGAUGUUGUACGCCUGUGCAGAAACCUGCUGCAGCUUGGAAAUUUCAUCGGUGCCCGAAUCGAUCGCAAGAUGCAGGUGAACUUCGCACGCAUCCAGGGCUGGGAAGGCCUGCUGCAACAUUUUAGUGGUUCCGAAAUCACCUUUGAGCCGGACGCGAACCGACGCCCGCAAUUUUUUUUCCCGCCACAAUCAGUGAACGUGGAAACGUUCAAGGCAACCGGAGAUAUUGCAGCGCUCCAGCAGCUGCAGUAA